AGACCUGAAACACUCCCUCUGUGCUUGCCAGUGUCUUAGUCUCUCACCACGCGGCCCAACACCAUCUCGGGCUCAUAGGGGAGGAAAAAAACAAAACAUCUAUAUCCUCUUCUGCUUUCCAAGAGCCUCCCCAUGUCUACCCUGGCGCCGCCUCUCAAUGGCAGCAAUAUCACCAUUAUGGCAGACCCCUGGAUGUCGGAGACGUCGCGUGUGCUGCAGAUCAUUGUGACAUUGGUCAUUAUUUUGGUGGGCGUGCCGCUGAACGCGCUGGUGGUGUGGGUGCUGGGCGUGCGCCGCUGGUUCUCCAGGUCCAAACGUCAAAGCGGAGAGACGCGGGGCGCCAGCAGCUUCCGCGUGUACGUGGUCAACCUGGCGCUUGCCGACCUCGUGCUGUUGCUGCGCACGCCCCUCAUGUUGGGCUACCUGGCACACCACUUCUCCUGGCCGAUGGGGCUGCACGCGUGCCGCCUGGUCAUGUUCCUGCGCGCCCUGGGGCUGUACGCCGCCUCGUGCCUGCUGUGCGCCGUGGCGCUGGAGCGCUGCCUGUGCCUGCUGAGGCCCGUCUGGGCCAGUCUGAAGCGCCCGCGCUGGGCCGUGCCCCUCGCAUGCGGCCUGCUCUGGCUGCUGGCGUUCUGCCUGGCCGCUCCGUACCUGAAGACCGCCGAACUGAAGAACUGGGGCGGCAAGUGGCAGUGCCUGGAGAGCGACCCCAAGUCCACUACGGGCCACGGCUUCUUCAUCACAGAGACCAUCUUCGGCUUCCUGCUACCCGUGGUCAUCUUCUUGUCCUGCAACCUGGCGGUGCUGGUCAGCGCCAAGCGUGCCGAGACCAGCAUGAUGUCGCCAACUGCGUCGGCGACGAAGCCGCCGCUGGGCUCUGUCUCGACCUCGAUGUCGGCCAGUCAGAGCUACACAGCACGCCGCCUGGUGCGCCUCUACCGGGUUCUGCUGCUCACCAUGCUCCUCUUCCUAAUCUGCUGGGUGCCGUACUUCACCUUCCGCUUCCUGCGCUGGCUCACGGCCAUUCGGGCGGACCUGAAGUCCAUGAACAAUGUGGCUGUGAAGGGUUACUACGUGUCGCUCUUCAUGGUCUACGUGAAGAGUGUGUUUAACCCCAUCCUGUACGUGUUUGCUGCGAGAGGCCUCGGACGGACAAUGCGCGCCUCCCUGUUGUCUGCGGUGGAACGAGUCUUCAACGAGGAUAACUCAGAGUCACUACGCAGGAAAUCGAUGCGUCGUAAAGACUCCCAGAUUUAACACUGUGAGUAAGAGAUUAGGGUAACUAUAAGGACUGUAUAGAAGGGCACUGAAACUGUUUGUUUUGUGAGUUUGCAUGGACUGGAUUUUUAAAUAACCCAUUAAAUAUAUAGUGCUUUAUCUAGAUACCCAAAGUGUUUCACCAAGCACGACCAAUGCGUAGCACCGACCUGGCUGAUGCACGGCAGCCAUUUGGCAGAAA